AAUUUCGCUCAUUAACCCUGCCAUGCCAUCGCCUAAUCGCUUGUCGAAGCUGGUAAAAAUUUUUUUCGAUAAGAAAUGCCUGUAUCCGGUGGGACUAGGUACAAUUAUAACCGGAUUCCUGUACGGAAUGGAAUACCUGAUGGAGAAAGAGAAUCCGUGUCCCUGUGAUCCGCAACUGAAUGUUCGCUACGCGUGUAUUUCUUUCCUUAUUCCAGCAUCCGCGAUGUUCCUGCUCAGUCUCCUGGUGUCAUCCGAUGCGGGGAAAAUUAUUACGUGCCGGGUCAGCUUCCCUUCCGCAGUUACUUGUAGAUGGAAAUGUUGCGAGAAAUGCUGCAGCCCAGACUGCAGCAAUUUCCAUAAGGUUCACUUUUACCUGUUCACAAUUCUGAAGGUAUUUGUCCCAUCGAUCCUGUGGGCUGCGAUUCUCUUUCAGGACGGGGAUUACUACGCCUGCGCGUAUUUGAACGAGACAUUCAAAGGUGAAGAUUGCAGAGAGUCCUGCGCUUCCAAGAUACUCCCGUAUGAGUGGCGCGAGCUUUGUGUUCACUCACAGAUGAUCGGAGGCGUUUUACUGGUGUUAACCUUGUUGGUGCUAGUAGUUCUCCACUUUCUUCCUGGAUGUUUAUUUUCUGAGGAGACACAAAAAGAGAAUGCAGGAAGCAGUGAAUUGGAAGACUUGAACAGUCAACGACAGCAACCGCAAUGUACUGACACAGAAUAGGAGCUGAAUCAACCCCAGCCAGAGUGAAAUACUUUGCAAAUUUAUUUAAGUGGGCUUUAAAUAUGUUACGAGACUUCGAUGGCCUUUUUGCCCCAACCUUCGCCCGAACUUCAAACUUAUCCGCCCUCAGCCAGUGUUCCUGCUGGCGUAGAGUUCCACAUUCAUUCAUCACAGAUGACAGUGCAUGUUAGACCAUAAGGCAUAAAAAAAGACCUUCCAUCAUCGUUGAUUUAUUAUCCCUCUCAACCCCAUUAGCCCAUUUUCUCACCGUAACCUUUAAGUCCGUCAAUAAUAAAGUGCCUAUCGAACUCAGCUUUAACUAUACUUAAUGACUUGGCCUCCACAGUCGUCCGUGGCGAUGAAUUCACAUAUUCACCAAACUCUGGUGGAGAAUUCCUCCUCAUCUCUGUUCUACAUGGAUGUUCCUCUGUUCUGAGGAUGUACCCUCUGGUCCUUGACUCUACCACAUGGAAACGUCCUCUCCACAUCCACUCUUUCUCGUCCUUUCGCUGUUCGACAGCUUUCAAUAAGCUCCUCCUCAUUCUUCGGAACAGCUGCAAGUACAGGCCCAGAGCCAUCAAAAGCUCCUCAGACGUUUACCCUACCAUUCCCAGAAUUAUUUUCGUCAACCUUCUCUGAACCCUUCCAAAUCCAGCACAAGGAACCAAAGCUGAUCAUAAUACUCCAAGUGCGGUCUGACCAACGCUUUAUAAAGCCUCAACGUCAAAUCCUUCCUCUUAUAUUCUAAUCCUCUCAAAAUGAGUGCCAUCUUUAGAUCUCCCUUUCUUACGACAGGUUAGCCUUUAGGGACUCGCGAACGAGGACUCCCAAGCCCUUUGCACCUCUGAUAUUUGAAUUUCCUCCCCGUUUAGAAAAUUGGCUAUGCCUUUAUUUCUUCUACCAAAGUGUAUGACCAUACACUUUUCUAAACUAUAUUCCAUCUGUCACUUCUUCACUCAUUACCCCAAUCUGUCGAAGUCCUUCUGACGACUAAUCAUUGUACAGUUUACAAACCUGGCCACAAAGUUGUCAAUACCUUCAUCCAAAUCGAAAGUGACUCCAAUACUGACACUGUGUACCACCACAAGUCACCGGCAGCAAAUCAGAAAAGGACCCCUUUAUUCCCACUCUUUGCCUCCUGCCAGUUAGCCAAUCUAUCGAUGUCAUGCGCUAUUUUCUUGUUAACGGCUUCACGUCCGGCACCUUGCUAAAGGCCUUCUGAAAAUCCAUGUGAGCAACAUCCAAUGAUUCUUCGUUCUCCAUUCUUUCUGUUAUUUCCUCCAUUGCAGUAGCUUAUCCAUUUCAAGGUUGGAAAUGUUUUGCGUUCCGAGAUUCUGUUUUGCACACUGCUGUCGUAACUCAUGGUUAUGUCGCCUUUCUUUCUGUUUGGGCCAAUCUGGCCAUUCUCCCCUGACCUUGUCAUUAGCAAAGCGUUUUCGCCCACAGAUCAGGAUGUUGCAGGAUAGAAUGGCUCUUCAUAUGAAGCCCGUUUCAUGGCGCUGGCUGAUAUUCACAGGUCUGGGACCCAAUUUUCUGCCAUCUCCUAUUCUCCCUUCCUGCUCUGACCAAUCAAAAAUCUAUUAAAUAGCCAUAAUGCCUUGACCUCCACAGCAACCUGUGGCAAAGAAUUUCACGGAUUUACCACGCUCUGGCUGAAAACAUUCCCACCACUGGCAACGGCCUUUCCACUUCCACUCUAUCAAGGCCUUCUGCCAUUCGAUAGAUUUCAGAAAUAUCACCCCUCCUUCUUCUGAAUUCAAGUGAAUAUCCUAAAUAGUCCAUGAUGCUAUACACGUUUGAUUGCAAUUUGACUAGUCUCACCCCGUUCAAACUCUCUCAUAAAGCUUACCUUCCUUCGGGCGCUUUUAAUAACAUCAUUAUCAUAAUAAAAUAACGUAAUUUUCUGUUUUUAGUUGAAGUGGAGAAGUCACCCAGUUUGUGUCUAGUCACGUCCUUAUCCUUAUUCGUUUUCACACAUCUGCAUCAUAAUUCUUUUAUUGCUUUACGUAAUCAUGUAAAUUGGCAACUUGUUUAGUCACUCACAUAAACUGAGGAACAGUAACGAAGUUUCUUGCAUUUCCAUCAUACAAAUCAAUUGACUACAACAGUUCAUUGAGGCAGUGCAUUUAAAAUAACAGAGCGCAUAAUAAAGCCGUAUAGUGCAGAGAAAGGGCAUAUUCGGUCAACAAUGAGAUGCAAAGUCAUAAUGACGUAGACUGUCAAUUGCCCUUGUUCAUAUUUCUUUGCAUUGUAUCAUUUGCU